AUGUGUCCCUGCAAUAACUGUUAUCCCCAAAACGACCUACUUUAUGACCCAACCCAAUCCUCUACUUUCUCCAAAAUCUCUUGUCAAUCCAGCUAUUGUCACCAACUUGAUGUAUAUUAUUGCCCCUCUCCGUCCUCCUGUAUCUACAUAGAAUACGUUGAUGAUUCUCAUACUCAAGGCUCCCUCAUUCAAGAUGCCUUGACAUUCUCCUCUGAUACCAUGCAGAACAUUUGUUUCGACUGCAGCCAUGACAACGGGGGGCAAUUCAUGAAAAUAGAUGGGUUACUAGGCCUCGGUCGAGGGGCUCUUUUAAUUAUUUCCCAGACAGCUCAAUUCUAUGGCAAGCUUGUUGCCAUUUCUAUUGGGGGUGAAAGGCUCGCCCUUUCACUUACUGUGUUCAGUGCCGCUGGAACCAUGUUGGACUCUGGUACGGUGAUUAGCAGACUACCGCCCACUGCCUACUCCGCCCUACGCAGCAUUUUCCGACAACACAUGACCAAUUACCCGAUAGCACCGUCACUGUCCAUACUCGACACAUGUUAUGACUUCACUAACUACCAGAAGGUGAAGGUGCCGGCAAUUGCAUUUAUCUUUGAUGGCGGAGUGACUGCUAACUUAGAUUUCAGGGGAUACUUUAUAUGGCCAAAAAAUCUCAAACGUGUUUAG